UGGCAGGCUAAAUUCUGCAGUCUAGAGUCCGGCGUUCGAGUUGGAUCUGUGCGGUGUGCAGUUUUCGUUUUCAGGCCGAUGUCACAACGCGAGAAGGUCACCUCCGUCCACGUUUGAAAACUUAAAAUGGCUCUUAAAACGAUGCUGAAAUUCAGCCGCGGCUUUCGAUAUCAGUCGCUGGCGCGGACCACACAGAGUUUCUCCACGCACGACCAGGACGAAGGCGGUUGGAACCGGACCAGGACCAAAAGCAGUGGCAACUUCACGCAGGUGGCCGGCGCUGCCGUCGCCGGAGUGGCUGGAUUCUGUCUUUACAGUUACCUCAACGAGCCGGCCGUGUCGGCAGCGACGAAGGAAGAAACAACGCUUCAGGCGGGUGAGGUCAAAGAGGGACUUCCUUUCUACUCGUUGGACGAGGUCCGCGCGCAUGAUGACAACGAGAAAAGAAUUUGGGUUACUUACAAACAGGGCGUGUACGACAUCACCGAUUUCAUCCCAAAACACCCUGGCGGUGGCGAAAAAAUCCUGAUGGCGGCCGGAGCGUCGGUGGACCCUUUCUGGGCCUCGUACGGCGUGCACAAAAACGCCGAUAUCCUCAAAAUGCUGGAAACGUACAGAAUAGGCAAUUUGUCCGAGGAGGAUUCGAAGGUGUCGUUGCACAACGUGGUCGAUCCUUACGACUCGGACCCUCGAAGACAUCCGGCCCUGCAGCCUCGCUCUCUCAAACCCUACAACGCAGAGACGCCGCUCAAAAUCCUGGCUGAUAACUUUUUCACGCCAAACGAUUUGUUCUUUGUUCGGAAUCACCUGCCUGUACCUGAAAUCGACCUUGCUAGUUACGAAAUAGAAAUUGAAGGCGUCGGCGUGAAGAGCAUGAAGCUGAAUUUGGAGCAGCUCAAGAAGUUUCCAAAGUAUACCGUCACGUCCACCGUCCAGUGCUCGGGAAACCGACGCAGCGAAAUGACCAAGGUAAAACCUGUGAAGGGUUUGGACUGGGGCCAGGCGGCCAUCGGGAACGCGACGUGGACAGGCGUGCGUCUCCGAGACGUGCUGCUCGCCGCCGGGCUGAAAGAUGACCAGCCAGGUGUCGAGCACGUUCAGUUUGAGGGCCUGGACACCGAUCCGUCGAUGCAUCCGUACGGGGCUUCGAUUCCCAUUGAAAAGGCCAUGGACCCCAAGGGCGACGUCUUGCUCGCCUUUGAGAUGAACGGAGAGCCGCUGACAAGAGACCACGGCUAUCCUGUCAGGGUGAUCGUACCUGGCGUCACCGGAGCUCGAAAUGUCAAAUGGCUAGGCAAGGUGAUCGUGUCUGGAAAGGAAAGCGACUCGCACUGGCAGCAGAACGACUACAAAGGCUUUUCUCCGAGCACCGACUGGGACACGGUCGACUUCAGCUCGGCGCCCGCAAUUCAGGAGCUGCCGGUCAUCUCGGCCAUCUGCGACCCUGUCCAGGGCGACAAGGUCAAGCCAGUGGAUGGAAAAAUCCCCCUCAGAGGCUAUGCGUGGUCCGGCGGCGGAAGAAAAAUCGUGCGCGUGGACGUGACCUGGGAUCAGGGUAAGACCUGGGGCGUGGCCAAGCUGGAGCAGGAGUCCAACAAGCACCCCUACCACUGGGGGUGGACACUGUGGACCUUGGAGGUGCCUGUUCCGCCAAAUGCCAAAAAGUUGGAAGUGUGGGUGAAAGCGGUCGACUCGACCUACAACACGCAACCGGAGGGUUUUGCCAACAUCUGGAACCUGCGGGGCGUGCUCAGCAACGCCUACCACCGAGUCACAAUUGACAUCAACACUGGAAAAAAAUAGAGUUGUGAUAUAUUCGACUUAAAAAAAUUGAAACGAGUAAAAAACCAAAUUCUACUUGAUUUACAAAAAGCUUGUUAAAGUUUACCUCUUAUUUCUCAAUAUGUUACCUCUAUUUUUAUUAUUAUUGUAUAAAUUCAAUGCAAUUGAAACAAUUCUCGUCGGUUGUGGCUGAAAAUAAAUAAAUGAAAAUUAUAUUU